UCCCCACUGUCACCUCCCCGCUAUAGCAGCGAACUAGUCAGCCCAACGUGCAGAGUAGCUCAGCCUUGUAUAGCGGCUGGUUCCACGGCGUCGUUUAGAGCGUCGCACUCCAUGUGCGUUGCGUGGAUGUUGAUAUUGCGCUCUGCAGCUUGUAACCGCGGCAAGAACUCAACAUGUCGAACCCUCCCCACGACCCGUUCUAUUCCUCCCCAUUCGGACCCUUCUACAGAAGGCACUCGCCUUACAUGGUCCAACCCGAGUAUAGGAUCUACGAGAUGAACAAACGACUACAAUCUCGUACUGAGGAGAGUGACAGUCUGUGGUGGGAUGCGUUUGCCACAGAGUUCUUUGAGGAGGACGCCACCCUGACCCUCUCCUUCUGCCUGGAGGAUGGACCAAAGAGAUACACUAUCGGACGAACGCUCAUCCCACGCUACUUCAGCACAGUGUUUGAGGGCGGCGUCACUGACCUGUACUACAUCCUCAAACACUCCAAGGAGUCCUUCCACAACUCCUGCAUCACUGUGGACUGUGAUCAGUGCACCAUGGUCACUCAGCACGGUAAACCAAUGUUUACAAAGGUAUGCACAGAGGGCCGCCUGAUUCUUGAAUUUGCCUUUGACGACCUCAUGAGGAUCAAGACCUGGCACUUCACCAUCCGGCAGAACCGAGAACUCAUCCCCCGCAGCAUCCUAGCCAUGCACGCACAAGACCCCCAGGUUUUGGAGCAGCUCUCCAAAAACAUCACUCGCAUGGGGCUCACCAACUUCACCCUCAACUACCUCAGGCUGUGUGUCAUCCUGGAGCCCAUGCAGGAGCUCAUGUCCAGGCACAAGACCUACAACCUCAGUCCUAGGGACUGUCUGAAGACAUGCCUGUUCCAGAAGUGGCAGAGAAUGGUGGCCCCGCCAGCUGGACACCCACAGAACUUCAAAACGGAAAUAUUCCCCACAAAUCACAAAAAAGGUCGUGCCAAAGCUGAGCCAACGAGACAGACAACGACGAAGAGGAGGAAAAGGAAGAACUCUGCCAGCAGCGCCAACAGCAGCGUGGGCAAUGCCAACAGUAAGAAGAGAAGCCCUGCCAGCAACUUCAGCCUCUCCAGUCAGGUACCUGACGUAAUGGUGGUGGGCGAGCCCACCCUGAUGGGCGGGGAGUUCGGGGACGAGGACGAGCGUCUAAUCACGCGUCUGGAGAACACGCAGUACGAUGCCACCAACGGAUUGGACGACGAGGAUGACUUCAACGGCUCGCCCGCGCUCGGCAAUAACAGCCUGUGGGGCAGCAAGCCGCCCAACAACCAGGACAGCAAGGCUGAGAGCACAGCGCCGCAGUCGUCACAGUAAAACACACGGAUACCAAGAGCACAGUCAGUGCCCCAACUCUCAUAUGUACAAUUGGGUGACAUUUAACUCCAAUGGUUAAAUGUCACUCUUUUGGACAUAUUCUAAUGAGACCAUGUUGUCCUCGCAGUAAAACACAGAGGGAAAAUAUCUAUUUGAAAAACUGUACCUAUUUGGCCCACUAGGGCAGCGCCCUCCAGAACCUCAAAUCGUACUGAAUUGAACCCCGUUGGCAAAUGUUUCCACGUCAUGGUCAACGGUGUCACUAUCACUCAUCAUGGUCAAUCAUCUCCACCAAAUACCAGAACAAUUCUUCUCCGACUUCACUGUAACAUCCUGAAGAGAGACUGAGACAGAGAACUGACUGACAUUGCACAGCAAUAUCCAUUCGAUAAAGACUACUUUUCCAUCUAAAUGCAUACAGGUUGUAUGCAUUGCAAUGAUGACAUAAAACAAUAGUGGGUUUUCUUUUUUCAACUUUUCCUAGAAUUCCUUUGUUUGGAUUUGUUGGGAAUUCCCAGUGUUAGGGAAGUUGGGAUUGCUCUGGGAAUGACACAAGGCCAGUGUCUUCAUCUGAAUUCUUCUUCAUGGACACCUUCUCAGUCGUUGAGCUUUAACUGUAGUGGGAUUCUGUGGUUGUUGCCCUUUUGACCUUUGAUCUGCAGGUUGCGACCCCUCUGGGACAGUUGACAGUAGAAGUCAAAACAUAACAUCUAAAACAAAAUGUCUCUUUUAAGAGCAUCAGCCUCAAUGAGAACGAACCGGCAAGGUUUUACUCAGCCACCAAAACUGCAUCCACCACGGCCGAGACGUCGUCGUCUUGAGCAUUUUCAUCUUUAUUGGAAAUUAAUUUGGCUGUUGGUUUGUUUACGUUGUUUUUGUUUUUUCCGAUUUCCAAUGAAAAGGAAAGUGACUCUGUUUCACCACUAUGGACAGCUUCAAGUGGGAUACUCGUGUUCCAGGAUUUCCUUUCCAGAAUUACAGCAGUCGUCGCCGAUUGUUAUUUCACGCAAACCUGUUCGAUCGUGUUUGUAGUCUAUUGGUGUUCUUUUGCUUCUCCCCAAAAUACUUUGCAAUCAGAUUUGUGCGUUGCCAAUCAGUAUGUAAACUUUGCUGACGUACACCAAUGCAUUAAUGUUUUUUUUCUUAUUUUGGAAUUUGUCUUUGUUCUUUCCCUUUAAUGACUGACCUAUUCCAAACUGAUAUUAAAGUUCUAAUGCAGUCGUUUUCAUCUCAAUAUCAAAUCAUUUCUGGGUAACAAUUAAGUACCUCAUUGUGAUUGUUUUUAAUUAAAAUGUCGAAAGAAACAAAAUUAGCUUCUUAGCAAAAAGCAAUUCCUCAAGCAAGAAUUUUUUCUAACAGCUUUUACACAAAAAGGGAAUCAUCGUAAUAUUCUCAAUUUCACAGUAUUAUUCCAACCUCAUAGUGUGGAAAUAUAUAUAAAACACAGGCACAUCACAUUUUUGACUGCAAUGGGCCUUUAACGCUUUUUCCUGCAUGAUUUAACUUUUUUUGUUUGAUAUAUGUACCUUUUUGAGUUGGUCAGCCAUUUGGGGGGGGGGGGGGGGGUCAUCCAUUUGGGAACACUGUUACAAGGUUUAUAGCUCUGUACAUAGAGGUGUGACAUACAACUUUAUUCAUUUAAGAUUAGCCACCAUUUUGAAACCAUUUUGUACAUGGCAGCUGUUUCGCACUCUCUUUUUUUAUUUGCAUUAGUUUCACAUUUCUAUAGGGCCUUUUGGAUUCUGUUGUCUGUCCGACAGAUUUUUGCAGCGAUAAGAAGCUCAUUGAUCAUUUUGACAUGUUUAUAUCCAGUCAAUGAAUUAGUGCACAGAUCAGAUAUUAAACUAUAAUGUUUUAGAAAUGUUUAAAACUGUUAACAUUUGAACAUUUCCUAAAUUGAUUCAUUGUAGAGAUUAAAAAAUACAUUCAUUAUUAGCCGCAAAUCCAGAAAAAACAGCAUACUCAAGGCCCUACAGAAUUGCAGUUUGAAAACCCCUGUUUUUGUGUUACCAGUUGUUCUUUAAUUGACUAUUCUUCCUUGAAUUCCUCUCCUCAUGUUGGAUUUUGUUUCAAAAUGACAAGAAGACAACUGUGGAUGUCUUUAUUAUAAGAUCUUUUGUGUAUUUAUUUGUGCAUUUGUAAGGAAGCUAACACAUUUCUGAAGCUGUCUGAACCUGGUAUUAUUAGAACUCUGCACAAUUUGUACAUUAUAUCGCAGAGAUGUUUUGUGUCAUAUCUGAUGUCUGGUAUAUAUGCUUUGCCAUUAUGUGUGCCAAUAAACUGUGCUUGCAGAUUG